GAGGUCAAAACCAACCGCCGAUAAUGAGGACGGAUGAUCCGUAUUUGCUUCAUAAUUCUGAUCAUCCAGGUAUGGCUUUGGUUUCGACUCUGUUAACCGGCUCCAAUUAUCAAUCGUGGUGGCGAGCUAUGACAAUCGCACUUGGUGCGAAAACAAAGCUAGGCUUUGUCGAUGGUCGAGUGAAAAGGCCAGAUCCAGAUGCGGCAGAGUUCGAACAGUGGAGGAAAGUUGAUUACACGGUGUACAGUUGGAUAUUGAACUCACUUGGCAAGGAUCUCGUCGAUGCGUUCUUAUAUGCAGAAUCAGCUCAGGCACUGUGGGAAGAGAUCGAGCAGCGGUUUGGGGAAAGCAAUGGACCGAUGCUUUAUCAGCUGCAAAAGGAGAUCUCCAACAUCAAACAGGAAGGAGACUCUGUUGCAGGUUACUUCACUAAACUCAAAAGACUUUGGGAUUA